GUCGGUUUUGGAGCAACAAGAGGGUGUGAAUGAAGUAACAAUUGAAUAAUAAAUGAGAAUUAAACGUUUAGAAUGGGUGAUUUUUUAGCAAUUAAUAAUACAUGUGGCCAGAAUUUACUGCGUCUUGUGUCAAGGGGCAAUGCCAUCAUCGCUGAGUUGAUGAGACUGAAAGAAUACGUGCCUCCCAUUUUCAGAUUAGCGUCCAGAGCUCAUCCUAACAGAUAUGGAUCAAUUAUCAUGGAUUUCGCUUACUUCAAAGCAGCGAAUGUUCAUGAACAGAGGAUUGAGAACAAUCCGGUGCUCCAAGAGCUCGAUGAGCACCUCAGGGAGAAUUACUCUGACGUUCUCACACGAUUCUAUCUAGCAUUCGAGAGUAUUCAUAAAUAUGUAACAGACCUGAAUACUUACCUCGACGAAUUGGAGGAUGGAACUUACAUUCAACAGUCGAUGGAGAGUGUUCUCCUGAAUGACGAAGGAAAACAGUUGAUGUGUGAGGCAGUGUACCUCUACGGAGUGAUGCUCCUCCUCGUGGACCACCAGUUCGAGGGUCACAUUCGCGAGAAGCUCCUGGUCUCGUACUACCGCUACCACGUGCAGCGCUCGUCCUCCACAGGAGUCGACGACGUCUGCAUGUUGUUGCGGUCCACAGGCUUCACCAAGUCCGCGAUAAAGCGUCCAUCGAACUACCCCGAGGAGUACUUCAAACGCGUCCCCAUAAGCCCCACCUUCAUCGACCUCCUGAUAGGUCGCUUGCGCUCCGACGACUUGUACAGUCAGACCCUGGCCUUCCCGAGCCCCGAGCACAGGAGCAUAGCCUCGGCGAAUCAAGCCGCAAUGCUCGUGGUAAUCCUCCUCUUCCAGCCCUCAGUCCUCCACUCGGGCGCCGCGAUAAUGCGAGAAAUCGUCGACCACUUUUUCCCGGACAACUGGGUCAUCAGCAUUUACAUGGGGAUCGUGAUAAACCUCUGCGACUGGUGGCUGCCGUACAAGGCAGCCCGAACAGCCCUCAACAACACCCUGGAGGCCUCCAACCUCAAGAACCUCCCCCAGCUCUACGGGAAACGAAUGAAAAAAGCCAUCGCUGAGACCGAAAAACUCCAGCUGGCGGUCUCCGUCGAGGAGAACGAGAUCGAGUCCGUGGUGAAGCUGAUUCGCGAAGCCAACGUGGCCCUCCACUGGAUGCUGCUGCACACCACGACCCCCACGAUCCUCUCGGAAGAGUCCAAAAGAGUGAGAACCCUCAGGCAACAGGUCAUCAACGAGAGCAAGUACACCCCCGAAGAGGCCUUGCGACUCCUCCUCAGCACCGCCCAGAUCGAGCAAGACCUGAAGCAAAUGUACAAGCAACUCCUCCAAGACAAAGAGUCCAAGUGGCUUGACAACAAGAAAUCGUGCGUCGAGAGGAUCAAGGACCUGGGGGAAGUCUUCGGCGGGAAGAGACGGCUGGAUGGCAUCGAGACGAACGAGUGCCUCGAGAAGUGGUUCAAGGAGAUCAGUGGGCAUGUGGGGUCACUGGAGCAGGAGGACCUCAGGAAGAUUGCUCAACUGCUUCAGGCCCUCGAGGAGGUCCAGGAGUUCCACCAGCUCGAGAACAACCUCCAGGUCUCGCAGUACCUCACGUCCACCAGGGAUUUCCUCCACAGCAUGAUCAGAACCGGGAGCAUCACCGAAGACAACCUGAUCGCCCUCAACAUAAUGACGGACUGCUGCUACGCCUGGAACAUCAUGGAGACCUACGUGGACCUAAUGCAGUCCAGCAUAAAGAAGAACCCUCCAACUGUGAUCAAGCUGAAGGCGUUGUUCCUGAAGAUGGCGUCAGCCCUGGAGACCCCCCUGCUGCGCGUGAACCAGGCGAGAAGUGCGGACUUGGCCUCAGUCUCCCAGUACUACAGCAGAGAACUAGAGAGCUACGCUCGCAGGGUCCUCCAGAUCAUCCCGGAGACGGUCUUCGGGCUGCUCGCCCAGAUCGUCCACCUGGAGACGAACAUCUUCAAGGAGAUCCCCACGAAACUCUACAAGGACAAGCUGAAGGACUACGCGCAGCUGGAGGAGAGGCUGCAGAUGGCCAAGCUGACGUACGCCGUCUCGGUCUUCACGAAUGGCGUCCUGUCCCUGAGGAGCGUUUCCCUGGGAGUUCUUCGGGUCGACUCGCACCGACUGCUGGAGGACGGGAUCCGCCAGGAGCUGGUUAAGAAGGUCACUCUGGCGCUUCACAGCGGUCUCACCUUCGACCAGAAGAACAGGAACUGCCUCGUGGCGAAGCUCAACGACUUGGCGAACGUCAUGGAGGGCUACAGGAAGUCCUUCCAGUACAUCCAGGACUACAUCAACAUCAACAGCCUGAAGAUCUGGCACGAGGAGAUCACUUACAUCAUCCACGUGGCUCUGGAGGACGAGUGCAAGGACUCGACGUGGACCCCUGGGAGGAAUUGGAAGCUGUUCCCCCAGGAAGACAAGACUGAGAAUUCUGGGGCUGAGGGGAAUGGCUCGGGCUCGUUCAUGGGGCGGCUUGCCAAGGAGCUCAUCAGGAUGACCGAUCCCAAGUCCACGGUUUACGUGGAGCACAAGCUCGCUUGGUACGAGCUGAAGACUCAGGGGGAGGUGCUCGACCACAGGGUGUUCUCCAUGAUCCUGAGGGCCAUUGGGACCCCCGGGCUCUUUGGACUGGACAAGCUGCUGUCUUAUUACACUUAUGUGGAGCUGGGGAACAUCUACAAGCACGUGGGGACGGCCAAGAGGGAUAAGGCCUGGGGGAGUCUGAUGGAGGAGUGCAGGGGGAUCGUCAAUAACUCUGAGUUGAGCAGGAAUAAUCCUGCGAAGGUCUACUCUGUCGUCGUGGGCACUGGGGGGAGGGUUCUGCCACAGAUCGUCGAGAGCAUUCUGAAGAUCGGACACCUCCAGCUGCUGAGGAGCAAGAUCGCUUAUGAAUUGAAUACAGCGUGCAAGUUUGAAGCUAAACACAUGGAGGCUGCUCUCAGGACUCUCAACUCAGCUUUGCUUCUUGAAUUGAGGAGGAAGGGGGAGGACGAGGUGACGAGGGCUGAGGAGAACAAGUUGAUUAGCGAGCUGAGUGUCAGGCUGGACUGGGCUGGCAUCAGCGAUCAUCUUAAUAAGACUUAUAUGAAUUUUCCGGAGGGCCAUGAAGUGGAUUUGAUCGCCUUUCUCGUCACUAUUUGCUGUCUGCAUAAAUUGUUUUACUGCAAGAGUACAGCGAGUCUGCUGAGCAGAAAAAUUCAAGACCCUGUGGAUGCUGUCGUUUUUACUAUUGGGGUUCACACUUUGUUGCGGCAAUUUGAUGUGGAAGUUCUGGAGAAUUAUAUCUCGUUUUUGUGUAAAUAUGUGAUGGCCUUCGUUUCGACUGAUGGGGGGAAAAUUGGGAGCGAGUGGGAGGCGGAAGGAACUACGGUCCUCCAUUACAUCCACCUGAUCUCGAAAUACGCAAAUCUUCCGAAAUCCAAGAUUCUGAAUCACAUUCCAGUGAUGAUAAUCGAUCACUAUAAGAAAGUCAAGUGAUGUGUAAAUAUUUUCAAUAAAAUUUCAAUCAGACAUUG